UUAGCGUUCUUGUCAAUAACAAAUAAAUAUGCGGCUCACUUUCAACGUGAAACAGUAUAUGAUCAAAGACUCUCGCAUCGACUUCGUUAUCUCCUUCGAUAUACGAAAAGAUAUUAGGAUGAAGACUUUGGUAGUUACCGUGUGCAUGCUGGCUAUUAUAAUAAUGGUCCACGGUUUCGAUGAAGAACGUUACUACAAGUUUCAAAUGAAUUUAUGCAGAUGCAGCAAAGAACGGAUCGUCAGGGAUCCUAAUGAGACGCAAGAAUAUGUCAAUGCCUCCCUAUUGAAGUGCGCAUUUGGUAUGGACGGGGCCCUGUAUGGUCCAUAUGGUCAUUACGACCUAUAUCGAGUCAAUGAAAUGCUUGAAGACAUUAUCAAAGAUGAAGAAUCAAUAGAAAAAGCGAAAAAUACAUUUGGCAAAUGCUUCAUUCACGUAAGUUUCCAGAAAUCUAGCAGAUGGAUGACUAACGUGGAAUACAUUUCUCAUUGCUCUAAUUCAAUUUUAUCACUUAUCGAAUAAUCAACAUUAGAGCGAAUUAAUACUUCCUCGACAAAACUUCACUUUAUUGUUCACUACUUAUAUAUAAAUUUUCUUUAUACUUAAAUAUUUUAUAUACUUUAUAUAUCUAAAUUCUCUUUAAAAUUUUUUUCUUUCAU